CACAUGCGCAGGAGUGCCUCUGUCUCUUGAAUGUUUGCUGCUAAAGACAAACGGUGGAUUUUUACGUUUGAGGUCAUCAGCUGAAACACAGAUCAAUAUUUGCUCACAAAUAUGACAAAACGGAAGGGUUCUGAUCCUGAAGAUUCUCCUAUACUGCAGGACGGUGUUGCUGACACAACAGAUGAUUCACUUGCAGUCACAGCCAUCCAAUCAGCUGCUGCAUUUUCAACAGACCAGCAAAUUAAGUAUCAUUUUCUAAAAGCGGAAGCAACAGGGGGACAGGUUACAUAUCGCGUCAUCCACUUGGCUGAUGGGCAGGUCGAAGGCCAUGCAGAUGGAGCUGCAGCAGUCAGUGUGGUGACUGGGUUUCCCACAGCAACACAGGCAGCCACACCUCCUACUGUAAUGUCGGAGAGUGUGGAGGGAGAAACAUCUGAAACUCAGUACUACUAUCCUGCCACCCUCUCUGACACAACUGCUGGUGCCAUGGUAACCGGUCUCCAGACAGCUGAUUCGGUACUAUCUCAGCCUACUUCUGCAGGUCAGCUCUAUGUAAUGAUGUCACCGCAGGAUGUUCUCGCCACGACGCAGCCGAGUAAACCAGGAUCCCAGCGUGUUUCCAGGGAUGACAAGCGGCGGGCUCAACACAAUGAAGUGGAACGCAGACGGAGGGACAAGAUCAACCAAUGGAUUGUUCAGCUUUCCAAAACCAUCCCAGACUGCACUUAUGAUGCAAAAAAUAAUCAAAGUAAAAGUGGGAUCUUGUCAAAGGCAUGUGACUAUAUCCAGGAGCUGCGUCAGAGCAAUGCACGACUGGAGGAUGAACUUAAUACUGCCGAUAGACUGAGGAUGGACAAUCAGCUUCUAAGAAAAGAG